AUGAGUGAUGAUAGAGUUGAUUUAGCAUCGGCAUCAAAAAGUUUAGAUGUUAUAGAGAACAUGUCAGAAGAGUGGAUUCCUAUAUGUGAAGAUGAAUCCAAACCUAUAAUCGGUAAGAUAUUUGAUUCUUUAGAAGAAGGAGAGAAAUUUUAUAAAAUGUAUGCACAUUCUGUUGGAUUUAGUGUGCGUAAUUCAUCUCAAACAAAGGAUAAAAAUGGGCUGAAAUGGAAGUACUUUUUAUGCUCAAAAGAAGGUUUUAAAGUAGAAAAACCGGUAACCUUGCAUGGAUUGGUUAUUAGUGAAGAUAGUUUGCCUAAAGUGAGAAAAAGAAAAUUGACAAGGGAAGGAUGCAAUGCAAAAAUUGCUUUUAGGAGGACAAUAGAUGGUAGAUAUGAAGUUGCAAAAUUUUAUGAAGGUCAUACACAUGCAUUAGUCACACCUAGAAAGAAACAGCUCCUAAGAUCAGCAAGGAGUCUUAACAAUGCUCACAAGAAACUAUUAUUUUCUUGUAACAAAGCUAAUGUGGGAACUUCCAAAGUUUAUCAAUUAUUGAAAGAGCAAGUUGGGGGUUAUGAAAAUAUAGGAUGUACACAAAGAGAUUUUCAAAACUAUUCAAGAGAUUUGAAAGAACUGAUCAAAGACUCGGAUGCACACAUGUUCAUUGAUAAUUUUAGAAGAAAACACGAGAUGAACCAUUCAUUUUUCUAUGACUAUGCGGUUGAUGAUGAAGGUAGGCUGAAAUAUGUAUUUUGGGCUGAUAGUAUUUGUCGAAAAAAUUACUCUUUAUUUGGAGAUGUGAUUUCAUUUGACACAACAUACAGUACAAACAAGUAUAGAACAUCGGUGUUACUUGACGAACCAUGA